AUGCCUACAGAAAACACCGUAAAAGGAAUUCUUGACGCGCCAUAUCAAGACUUUAUAGCAUCUUUCCUCCCGCUCUACUCUGGCCCUUGCGUCAAAGUUCGAGUUGGAUCUGCGGGCCAUGAAUAUGAACUCUCGAAGGCUAUACUUUGCAAACAAUCCUUAUAUUUUGCAAAAACAUUUCAAGGAGGCUUCCGAGAAGGACAAGAUCAAUCGACGACUCUGACUGAGGUAGAGGGCGUCGUUACUCAACGAAGCUUCGAAAUGCUGGUUCAGUGGCUUUAUCUUGGUCGAGUCCUCUUUAGCGAGUCAUCACCGGCGGAAUGUAUUACUGCAACCAUCGAGUUCGUGAGACUUGCAGAUAUGUGCGGAGUUUACGGGAUGGAAACUCUAAUGGCCGAGCAUAUCAAGGCUAUCAUCCUAGCCAACCCAGCUCCAGAACACAUCGUCCUGGGCCGAGAUCCGGACACCAAUACUUAUUGUCUUCUGGGUCAGCAUAUUACUUCAGCAGCCCUUCUGCCUGACGGCCAUGCAAUUCGCAAGGUCCUAGCUAUUGCAUCAGUCGAAGGAUACAUACGACGUGACAAGCACAAGUUUUUGAAGGAAAUAUGCGAAUCUCCUGGCUUUGCAGCCGAUCUUCUCCUAGUAGUCAAGGAGACCCUGAAGACAGUGAAUUUAGGCGAACCCCAUAUUACUUUCAAAAACCCAUGUAGUGGAAUGACAUUGGCAUUUGUCACUAAGAACGUCUGA